CUGACGUUGCAAAACAUCAUCGCCUCCGACAAAAAAAUCACCUUCGGAAAAACCUCCUCGUCACAGCAAUAGAGCUUCUGUGCAAGCGCACAAGCGAGGAAAUGACCACGUCAAGUCAACCACGAAGUAAACUCAGUUCCUCUGGUGCUGAUUACCCUGGAAGCCUAAACACAUCGAC